AUGGCCGAUCCGAUCGGUGUAGCCGGGUUAGCCCUCUCCGGGAUUUCGCUAUUCUUCCAGGUCUACGCAGGGACGGUGCAAGGAAGAGUGCACACAGGGAUCCAGCUAAUGCUUGUUGCACGUGAUGUGCCUGACAAGUAUCAACAAUUGCGACUUCGUUUGGAGAUCGAGCAAGGGAGGCUCCUUAGUUGGGGCCAUAGCUUUGGAUUAUUGCAGGAAGAAUCGGAGAAGGAGGAUACAUCGAGGAUUUCGAUCCCCGAACAGGUCCGGUAUAUGGUUCAGGGAUACAUUGAGCCGCUGUGGCAAAAGGUCCUGCAUUUCACGGCAGAGACCCCGGGCUUCGUUCCCAGGGACAAGAGAGAAGAAACACCGAGCGUGCAUCAUGGAGGCAUGGCGCGACGGUUUCGGCUGGACCGCAUGUAUGCGAAGGCCAGGCAGGGAACUAUUAAAUUCAAAGACCGUGUCAAUUGGGCUUAUUGGCAGAUGGACAAGUUGGAAGAUUUGGUGGAAUGUAUGAGACAUGUCAAUGGUAGUGUCAUCGCCCUGGCCGAGGUGAAAACGCAGCAGGAGAUCCAGGAAACCGUUAAAGCGACGCUGAUGGGCCUGCUCAGUCUACAGGACACUGUUAAUGGACUAAAGGAGCUAAUUGUGGCUGUCGAGGAGAAGCGCCUUGAUAACCGGUCAUCGCAGAUGCCGCUGGGUGAACCGAAUGAUCUACUCCUAGGUUUAGCCAACCUGAAAAAAAUGCGACUGCAAAUUGGACACGACAAGAAUGACGGUAGCCUCCAAUCUGACUUAAAGAUCCAACCAGAGAGAGUCUGGCCCAUGAACAAGAUGAAAUAUCCCUCGCCUCAGCGUCAGGAUGCCACGCUGGAUGGCAAGAAAGGGUUCUGGGUGGAAUACAAGGACUAUUCGAGUUCGGACCAAAUAGCGGGCCCAACGAAGGACGAGAUUGAGCGUCAUAUUGUCCGAGAACUGGCAGCGCUCCUAAUCUCCAAGCUUCCAAGUAGUUUUCGCGUGGCGCAGUGUGUUGGGUACUACGAGGAGGCCGGGUCGUUCGGCUUGGUUUUCGAGAAGCACGCCGCACACGCCGACCAAACCAUCAUCCCACUCUCUCAUUGUUUGUCUCUUGAAACUCAGAUGCCCAGUCUCGGGGAGCGGAUCGCCCUCGCGCAAGGAAUUGUCCAGACGUUGUUCCAACUGCAUGUGGUAGGGUGGCUCCAUAAAGGGCUUCGGCCUGCGAAUAUCCUUCUGUUCGAGGACCAUAAUGGGGGCAUUGCCUAUGACAAGUCAUAUAUUUCCGGAUUUGAAGAUGCUCGCCCGGUAGCACAGCCAAACCUAACGGAGGAGGCCCAUUCACGUUUGUUGAAUGAUGACUGGUAUCGACACCCAGACAUUCAAACUGUGAAGCCGGCGCAUCGGGAAUUUCAAUAUUGCAUGCGGUAUGACCUUUAUUCACUUGGAAUACUGCUUGUCGAGAUCGCCCUGUGGAAACCUGUCCUCGAUAUUCAGUCGAAUGUCGGUCCAGGCGACAUCAAAUCUUUCAUUUUAAGCCACAAUACCCAGUGUUUACAGAGGAUUCAAUUUGCGUUCGGUAGAAAAUAUGCUGAAAUUGUUAUGAAUUGUUUGAAUCCAGGCGAAGAAAUGGAUGAUCAUACCCAAAUGGAUAGCUACAUCUAUUAUUUUGAGAAGCUGGUCGUGAAACCCAUGAAGCAGAUGUCUGUAGAUUGA